UAGGCGGUGCACCCAGUCCAGAGGCAGAGGAGGAAUGAGCGAGCGGAGGACCGGGGUCACGAGGCCGUUGUGGGGGAGGAGCCAGCGGCCGGGGAGGUUCUAGUCUGUUCUGCCUCGCGGCAGCCGCCCCCUUCUCCUCGAUCACGUUGAGCCGCGCCCGGGCCUGGCCUUGGGCCUCCUCCGCCGCACCUCGCCUGCAGCCUCCCGCCUCCCAACCAUGGAUCCCCGCAAAGUGAGCGAGCUUCGGGCCUUCGUGAAGAUGUGCAAGCAGGAUCCGAGCGUCCUGCACGCCGAGGAAAUGCGUUUUCUGAGAGAGUGGGUGGAGAGCAUGGGAGGUAAAGUACCACCUGCUACUCAUAAAGUUAAGUCAGAAGACAAUGUUAAGGAAGAAAAAAGAGAUGACAAGACAGAGGAAAACAUAAAGACAGAAGAACCAUCAAGUGAGGAGAGUGAUCUAGAAAUUGACAAUGAUGGUGUAAUUGAGCCAGACACUGGUGCCCCUCAAGAAAUGGGAGAUGAAAAUGCAGAGAUAACUGAGGAGAUGAUGGAUCAAGCAAAUGAAAAGAAGGGGGCUGCCAUUGAAGCCCUAAAUGAUGGUGAGCUGCAGAAAGCCAUUGACUUGUUCACUGACGCUAUCAAGCUAAAUCCUCGAUUGGCUAUUCUGUAUGCCAAGAGAGCCAGUGUUUUCGUCAAAUUACAGAAGCCAAAUGCUGCCAUUCGAGACUGUGACAGAGCCAUUGAAAUAAACCCUGAUUCAGCUCAGCCAUACAAGUGGCGAGGGAAAGCACACAGACUCCUGGGUCACUGGGAAGAGGCAGCUCAUGAUCUUGCCCUUGCCUGUAAACUGGAUUAUGACGAGGAUGCCAGUGCAAUGCUGAAAGAAGUUCAGCCUCGGGCACAAAAAAUUGCUGAACAUCGAAGAAAGUAUGAACGCAAACGUGAAGAGCGAGAGAUAAAAGAAAGAAUAGAAAGGGUGAAGAAGGCUCGAGAGGAGCAUGAGAGAGCCCAAAGGGAAGAAGAAGCCAGAAGACAGUCUGGAGCUCAGUAUGGCUCUUUUCCAGGUGGUUUUCCUGGGGGAAUGCCUGGUAAUUUUUCUGGGGGAAUGCCUGGCAUGGGAGGAGGCAUGCCUGGAAUGGCAGGAAUGCCUGGACUCAAUGAAAUCCUCAGUGACCCAGAGGUUCUUGCAGCCAUGCAGGAUCCAGAAGUCAUGGUGGCUUUCCAGGAUGUGGCCCAGAACCCAGCAAAUAUGUCAAAAUAUCAGAGCAACCCAAAGGUUAUGAAUCUCAUCAGUAAAUUGUCAGCCAAGUUUGGAGGUCAAGCAUAAUGUCAUAACAAUGCUGAAUGAAGAGCAGCUUAGCUCACUUACUGGAAGUUGCAAUAAUACAAACCAGUGUACCUCUGAUCUCAUCUGGAGAGCUGGGGUGCUUCGAAGAGAAUCCCUUCCUUUCUGCAUCAAAUGCGACUGAAGCAUUUUACAGUGGCUUGCCAUUAGGGUCUUCAUUCAGAUAAUGUUUUCCUAUUAGGAAUUGCAAACGUAAAACACUUUUCAACCUUAAACAUAUUUUUAAAAAAUUUAGGGGUGUUAAUUCCUACAUUUUUCUUUACUAAUCUUUUUGGGGUUUUCCCUUGAAUUACUGGGCAAGGAAGCUGAAUAUGGUGGACUUACUGCUCUCAUGAAUGGAAAUAAAGAUUUGUUAGUGGGAAGCAAAUAAAACCCAUUUAAGUUGA